UACCUCCUCGGAUGCAGCUCGAGUUUUAGGAAUGUGUCUGAGAGUUCGGAAGAAUAACGUCUUUCUGUUGCUGACCUGUCCUCAGAUAGACAGACGGCUGUGUGUGGGACCAGGGGCUCGGUUAGCACCGCCGUCAGAACCUGAAGGAACACACUGGCUCCGGUUCCGUUCUUUAUUUAGCGCGGUUUAGAACUCACAGGGGCUGUUUGGGGUUCGUUUCUGCUGCUUCUGUUUCCGAAUAGUGUAAAAACAGAAGUACCUUAUGAAGGAUCAUUGUUCUUUUGAGUGAAAGUUCUGACCGCCCCUGCACGUUUCCAUGUGAUGGAAUGAUGCCAGCCCAGGACGGUGUUGGGAGUGACUGCAGCCCUGGAGGCUGAUGACCCCGCCCCAUUGGCCAGCCAGGAUGCACAUAGCCUCGGUGGGCGUCAGUAAGUCCUGCUUCCUGUUCUCUCUUGCUCUCUGCUCCCUCCUGCUGCUGCUCAUCCCGGCCCUCCAGUCGCCCCCCCGCCAGCUGGAGCCGCCUCAGCCCCGACCCCACGCUAAGUCUGCCUCAUCAGAGCAGCAUGCCAACCUACCAACAGGUACCGCCAGCGCUGGCGGCACCAACACAGAUGCAGGGCUCAGUAGGAGUUCAGAGGUCAUAGCAGCAUCUGCUAGAACUGAUGUUCCCUCUCCCAAGAGAAAUGUGGAAUCCUGGCCUAGGAAUACUGACCAGCUGGAGCUGAAGGACAUUUUCAUCGCAGUGAAGACCACCAGGAAGUACCACAGGUCCAGACUGGAGCUGCUGUUCCAGACUUGGGUUUCCCAAGCCAAGGAACAGACCUUCAUAUUCACUGAUGGUGAUGACAGGGAGCUGCAGCUGAAGACAGGAACUAACAUCAUCAACACCAACUGCUCAGCUGCUCACAACCGACAGGCUCUGUGCUGCAAGAUGUCUGUGGAGUACGAUAAAUUCAUCGAGUCCCAGAAGAAGUGGUUCUGCCAUGUGGAUGAUGAUAACUAUGUGAUCCUGCCCAGUCUGCUGCGACUGCUGUCCUCGUACCACCACAGCCAGGACAUCUACCUGGGCCGGCCCAGUCUGGACCACCCCAUAGAGGCUGCAGAGAGGGUGAAGAGCGAUGGAACGAUGUCUGUGAAGUUCUGGUUCGCCACAGGGGGAGCGGGGUUCUGCAUCAGUCGAGGUCUGGCUCUGAAAAUGAGCCCCUGGGCCAGUUUGGGAAACUUCAUCACCACGGCAGAAAAGAUCCGCCUCCCAGAUGACUGCACCAUCGGCUACAUCAUCGAGGCGCUGCUGGAGGUCACACUCACUCACACACACCUGUUCCACUCUCACCUGGAGAACCUGCAGAAGCUGCCCGUUCCCACCGUGCUCCAUCAGGUCACUUUGAGUUAUGGAGGCUUUGAGAACAGAAGAAACGUGGUCAGCAUCGUUGGGGGCUUUUCUCUGACUGAAGACCCCACCAGAUUUAAGACGGUCCACUGCCUUCUGUACCCAGACACUGAGUGGUGUCCAAAGUUAAAACCUGGACACACAAACUGAACAUCCUGGAAACAACUCAGCCCAAGUGUUUCAGCAAUAAUUCAAUAUGUCAAAAAUAACUUCCCUGUUCCUGGACUGAUGUCAUGUCAGUGAGGAGAUGGUCCAUCCGCUGUAUUCCUCCUGAUCCGGGAAGGGCUGGGGACAGCAGCCUCAGUAGCCUUCCUGCCCUGCAGCCCCCUGGUCCAGCUCUCUCUGGGGAACCCCACAGUGUUCCCAAGCCAGCAGAGAUUUCUCUGAUAUGGGAAUACAUUUGUAUUCCCAUAUCCUGACCUGGGUCUGGUCCGGCGGGAUAUGAACACCUCCAGGAGGAAUCCUGACCACCUGGCUCCUCUCUGCUGCUUAUGGACGGCUAGUUAUCUGCUGUUCUUUUGGUUCCACCCUGGUACUAUGGUAGGUACAUAUUUUUAUGCCAUUUUUUUUCCAUAAUUAAGUCAGAAUUUCUGACUAAAUGUUAUAAUCACCUGAUGUCUGUUGCCAAGGCAACCCUUCAACCAGCAGCAGUGUUAACUCGGGGAAACACCCAAAGAUCUGGGGAUACUUGUUGAUGAUCCUCAGACUGGUUCAUUUUUUACCUUGCUCACAGACGUUUUGAAAAAAAUUCAGGUUAUGGAAAAUGUGCAAAUUGUGAGUCAUUAGGCACACCUGGAAAAAAACAACAAACAAUCACCCUUCAAUUUUCUAUCUUCUGGUUUACUGACCCAAACUAUCAUUUCCACUCUGAGAACCGGACCUGCUCUUUCAGCCAGCACUGGAUUGGAGAAUUAGUCAUUAUCACCAUCAAGCCCCGCCCCCGCCUGCACCAGCAGCUCACUGAUUGCACAGGCAUAAAAGCAAUAAAGAAAACUAUUCAGGGUGCAACUAACAGAGGAGUUUAGUUUUUUAUUCGUAUGCACAUGGCAGAAAGAGAUGAAAGCCUCACAUGUCACCAGAUCACAUUUGGAUUAAUCCCACAUCCAGCUGUCACAGCAGCCUGCUGGUUAUGCCUGGAAAACCUGCAGGAUAUGAAGAAACUCUCUCUGGCCAAACGCAUCAGGAGAAUGAGAAGCAACAUGGCAACACGGCACCAAGCAAAACAGACGCAGAAGAAGCUCAAGAACACAUGCAUAGAUGAGGGUGAUAAAAGAUCCGGGCCUGAUAAAUUCACCUUCCUGUUGCAUCUUUUUUUUUUUUUUAACACAAAUUACAUCAAAAUGAGUUAAACUCAGUUAAACUGAAACCUGUUUAAAAGGUCAUCCUGCAGUUUUUUUGGCCAUAUUAUUAUUAUUAUUAUUAUUAUUAUUAUUAUUAUUAAUCAUUAAUGUGCUGAGCAGUAUUUUUGCCUUCAGAAUCACUGUGUGGACAUGAAGAUGUAAAUGCAAAAGAAACACAGAAUCAGCUUAUGAUUUAAUGGAGCAGGUCACCUGAUGUUUGUUAGAUGGAAGACAUGAUAGAAUAACCGGCUUGUUGAAACCUUCAGUAACUGAGGCAGGAGAAGUAAUCUUUUUUUUUUUUUACCAUUUGUUUGAAUGUUUUAUUAAAAUGAAGGAAAUGUUUAGGAUUCUUGUAAUAAAUGAGUUAUAGCUUCUCACAUGUUAAUUGAGCAGAAAUGAAAUGAUCAAAACUCACUGCACUCUUUCAGUAUGUACCUGAUAAAUGCCUUUAUAGACUCAGCCAAAUAUCUUUUCCCAGUUUAUUUCUUCUUUUGCACUCUUGUCACAUACUUUAUGUUAUCAGCUGUUGUUGAAUAUAGUAUUGUAUUAUAGUAUUGAUGUCAAAUUGGAUAAACUGUAUUUUAUAUUUUUGUGUAUAGUGACAGAGUCAGGACAUAUUUUCACAAUCAAGGUGUAAAAUCUGGACCUGGUGCUAUCAGGCCCACAUGAUGAAUAUGGCUCAGAUUGUUAAUCUGUACUUGUCUUUUUUUGUUUGUUUGUAGUUUUCAUAUACUGGGGUUUUGUGGUGAAGUUAUUUGUCGUCAUCUCACCUGAUAGAAUGGAGAUGGGUGGUUAGUCAGAGAAACAGAAGGUGAUUUUCUUCUUAAAAAACCUUCAAAGCUC